AUGUCUUCUUCCGAGACUCCGCAGCAUAGGGAAAUACGGCAUGCGCUCCGUCAAAUCCGCAAUGAUAUUGAGAGCCUUGACGCUCAUCAACUUGAUUCCAGCCUUCUGAAGAAAUAUAAAUUAUGCAUGUCACCAGUGGAGCUGGAUGAAAGCUCCAAUGAUAGACCCAUCUUCUUUAAACCAUGCGAUGCCUCUUUACUCCUGGACCCCGACGAUCAAUAUGACGAAGGAAGAUCGGAAUAUACUGACUACGAUUCAUGGGACCCAGAACUUACUGUAGACUCCACAUUGACUGUGCUCGCAGCGUGCUUGACUAUAAUUCCUACUAUGUUUUUGCGAGUUCCCUUGGCAGCAAAGAUUUCAUUCUUAGGAAAACCUGGUCUGGUGUCAGGUAAACUUGCCUCCUCCUCCUCCUCCACCUCCCCCCCACUCCUGCUGUUUUACAGUACUAGACUUGGUUUUUUGACACUUAGGCCAACAGUACCAGCGAUGAGCCUUUCAGAGGGCUAUGGCGCGAUGCAUAUCCUGAAUAUGGAACUAUGAGAGCCGAUCAGGUCAAGGAUCAUUCAUCUCCGCAUAUGAAAGCCAUGCUCUAUAGCAAUUAAGAUGGCAACAACAACAACAUCAACGACGAGCUUCUGCAAGGAGAGAUCCUAG